CGAGUCAGAGUGGAACAAAAAUGAGUGGGCACUCAAUUCCAAGAAGCGAGUUGACUCACCAUCGACUCUACGAGUUCGCCAAAACAGCCCUGAUCAAGAUCUUCUCCCACCCUUAUGUCACGGUCUGUGACUUGUACUGUGGAGGAGGAGUGGACAUUGAAAAAUGGGAAAGUGCUGAAAUUGCUAACUACAUUGGCAUCGAUGUAUCUUCUUCAGGAAUUAGUGAAUUAAAAGAAGCAUGGGAGAGCCAGCGAAAAAACUACAAUGCUGAGUUCUUUGAGGGCGACCCUUGUGUUGAAAAUUUAGAAACUCAAUUGCAAGAGAAGGCUGGUCAGGCUGAUUUGGUUUGCUGCUUGCAGCAUUUGCAGAUGUGUUUUGAAACUGAGGAAAGAGCAAGGAGACUUCUACACAAUGUGUCGUCUUUGCUUAAACCAGGGGGUUAUUUUCUUGGUAUUACUCCUGACUCAUCUACCAUAUGGGCAAAAUACCAGAAGAAUGUUGAAGCAUACCACAAUAAAGGUGGCAGCAUGAAGCCCAACAUAGUUCCAAAUUGCAUUCGAUCAGAAAGCUAUAUGAUCACCUUUGAAGUUGAGGAAGAGAAGUUUCCGUUAUUUGGAAAGAAAUACCAACUGAAAUUUGCUAGUGACAUAUCGGCUGAAACCCAUUGCUUGGUUCAUUUCCCAAGUUUGAUCAGGUUGGCUAGGGAAGCUGGUCUUGAGUAUGUUGAGAUUCAAAACUUAAACGAAUUUUAUGAUGAUAACAGAGCACUAUUCGUAGGCAUGUUGAUGAGUUCUGGUCCAAAUCUCAUUGACCCAAGAGGGAGGCUUCUUCCCCGAUCAUAUGAUGUGUUAGGCCUAUAUACCACAUUCAUAUUUCAAAAGCCUGACCCAGAUGUUGUCCCACCGCUUGCAACCCCAUUAUUGCAAGAUGAUGGGGCAAGUAUCUUGGCUUCUUGUAAAAGCCAUAAUGAGAGAGAGUGGCCGGAAGUGGUUGUCUGGAGAGAUGAUGAUCAGAACAGUCAUGCGGAUCCACCCAUUGGACUCGGCAAGAUAAGUGAACAGAAAGGAAUUUUAGGUCCGGGCCCUGCAGAUCUACGUUUCCCUGAGGCUCUUUAACCUGUUGCCCCAGCAUGAAAAAGCACUAGAUAGAUAUAGUCUUAAACUCUAAUGUUAGUGUGCUAACAAAUCCUGUUAAUGUAACUCUAAACAUAGUGGGGAUAUAUUUUUCUAUUCUUAGGUGAAACUUUUCAUACUCGUAAACUUAGCAUAACCGUUUCCUAUUCUUAGGUGAAUAAGUAGAAGUGUGCUUCCUGUACAUUAUGUUUUGUUUUCAGUUUGACAGGCUCUUGAAUGAAAAUCUUAAGACGAUCAUUCUCACC